UCCGGCCGCGCCGGAAAUAUUUAUUGAGGAAAGGACAUAGAGUACCCGGCAUUUGAAGCUUCUGGAGAGUCUCGUGUUCCGGAGACUCGGGAAAAAAAAGUGGGUGGGGGUUCGUCCGCUAAUUGCCAAGUUUUCCGGGUAGUGGAAAACAGGAGUUGGGACAUGGACAGCCGCUUGCAGGAGAUCCGGGAGCGGCAGAAGUUACGGCGACAGCUCCUCGCGCAGCAGGUCUGCGGCCGCGGGAGGGAUCGUGAAUCCGCUUGGGAGCCGAAAGUGCUGACAGCAUUGGUGCUGUGUUAAAUAGCAAAGAUGAACAGAGAGAAAUUGCUGAAACAAGAGAAACUUGCAGGGCUUCCUAUGAUACUUCUGCUCCAAGUGCAAAACGUAAGUAUCAGGAUGAAGGAGAGACAGAUGAAGACAAAAUGGAAGUAUAUAAGGAUGAAUUAGAAAUGCAGCAGGAAGAAGAGAAUUUGCCAUAUGAAGAAGAGAUUUACAAAGAUUCUAGUACUUUUCUUAAGGGAACACAGAGUUUAAAUCCCCAUAAUGAUUACUGCCAACAUUUUGUAGACACUGGACACAGACCUCAGAAUUUCAUCAGGGAUGUAGGUUUGGCUGACAGAUUUGAAGAAUACCCUAAACUGAGGGAACUCAUCAGGCUGAAGGAUGAGUUAAUAGCUAAAUCUAACACACCUCCUAUGUACUUACAAGCAGAUAUAGAAGCUUUUGACAUCAGAGAACUAACACCCAAAUUUGAUGUGAUUCUUCUGGAACCCCCUUUAGAAGAAUAUUACAGAGAGACUGGCAUCACUGCUAAUGAAAAAUGCUGGACUUGGGAUGAUAUUAUGAAGUUAGAGAUUGAUGAGAUUGCAGCACCUCGGUCAUUUAUUUUUCUCUGGUGUGGUUCUGGGGAGGGGUUGGACCUUGGAAGAGUGUGUUUACGCAAGUGGGGUUAUAGAAGAUGUGAAGAUAUUUGUUGGAUUAAAACCAAUAAAAACAAUCCAGGGAAGACUAAGACUUUAGAUCCAAAGGCUGUCUUCCAGAGAACAAAGGAACACUGCCUCAUGGGGAUCAAAGGAACCGUUAAGCGUAGCACAGACGGGGACUUCAUUCAUGCUAAUGUUGACAUUGACUUGAUUAUCACAGAAGAACCUGAAAUUGGCAAUAUAGAGAAGCCUGUAGAAAUUUUUCAUAUAAUUGAACAUUUUUGUCUUGGUAGAAGACGCCUUCAUCUAUUUGGGAGAGAUAGUACAAUUCGACCAGGCUGGCUUACAGUGGGACCAACUCUUACAAAUAGCAACUACAAUGCAGAAACAUACGCAUCCUACUUCAGUGCCCCGAAUUCCUACUUGACUGGGUGUACAGAAGAAAUUGAGAGACUUCGACCAAAGUCACCUCCUCCCAAAUCUAAAUCUGAUCGAGGAGGUGGAGCUCCCAGAGGAGGAGGAAGAGGUGGAACUUCUGCUGGCCGUGGGAGAGAAAGAAAUCGAUCCAACUUCCGAGGAGAAAGAGGUGGCUUCAGGGGGGGCCGUGGAGGAGCACACAGAGGUGGCUUUCCACCUCGAUAGUUUUUUAGGACACUGAUCCUAUUAAUGCCCCUUUACCUUCUUUUUAUAGUUUGCAUUUCAACUGGGAGACAUCAUUUAGAACUCCAUUUCAGCUUGCACUUUGCUUUAGUUUCUCUAAGCCGCAGGAAUAUUUUAGCCAACCUCCUUUGAAGUUGUGACUGUCUAAUUUUGUCCAGGAUAAACGAGUCAUCCUGUCUUUUGUCAUGUGCAUGUAAUUGAACAGAAUGGAACAACAUGAAUACCUUCACUUUCAGAGACUGAAUUUAUUCUGAUAGAGCUCAUCUAAUUACAAAGGCUUUUGCUUUUUAGAAAGAAAGUGAACAGUGAAAAAAGACCCAAUCUGGAGUAUCAUGCUAGUGCUGACAGUAGUUGGUAAUGGGCAUCCUGCCACUGCUGUCACAGCAAGCGGGAAGCUGUUUGGGAGCCUUGAAGAAAUGGAGUUGGAACAGAUGGUAAAUUUCUGUUAGGGUUUUAAUGUUUUCUUAAUGAAGCAAUAAAAAGAGACUUCUUUUUUCUUUCUUUUUCAAAAUUCUUGAAGUCGUGUAAUUUGACUACAGAAGAAAUUGAGAGACUUGGAACGAUAUCACCUCCUUCCAAAUCUAAAUUGGAUCGGGGAGGUGGAGCUCCCAGGGGUGGACAGAGGAAGAGAGAGAACCUAGUAGGCAGACUUAAAAAAAGAGAAAAAAAUGCUCCUCAUAAUCUCAGCUGUGCAAGUAUGGAUGACUCUUAAUCAUACUUCUAAGAAGCAAAUGAGGGCAGAUACCCAAGUGGUAGAACUUUGGUGUGUACUUGACCUUGGCUUGACUUUCAUAGCAGUUUCAUAUUCCUUAGCAAAAUAAAAUAAUCAAAGACAACAGAGACACCUGGUUACCAGGUACUUGGUUUAAACAUUUUGGGGAAUAAAGUACUUGGUGAGGAAACGACAUUCAGCUUUAAACUUAUUAUGGAGAAAAGUUAAUGUAAAAUCAGGCACAAAAAACCCUCAACUUAAGAAGACUGCUUGGGAAGUGAAACUGCAGUUGCAUUUUAAGGGACUGGUUUUUCAGAUCAGUUGGUUGUGUAAGACUUUAUGCUGUCAUUUUUCUAUAUUGUAACUCAUGUUUUAAAUGAAUUUGCUGAAUGAAAUAAUACCAUUAUUCUUGAUAAAUACAUUUUUUAUUUUGUGUAUGAUUUUUCUAAUGAAACUAAACCUUUGACAUUUGGGAGUCUGUUUUCUGUGAGUGGAAUUGCCGUUGUUACCACAUGAAGAAGGACUGACCUGAGAUCAGACUAUUCCUUUGGUCUGUGAGUAGCCAUUCUUUGAUUUUCACUGGCUUAUAAAAUGAGGUUAUUAUAUCCAUUAAAGACUCAGUGUGAAGAUAAGGGCUAAAUUAUAGAAAUAGGAUUGAAAUCCUUAAAAGCCUGAGGAAUUAACUUGCUCAUCCUGUUAGUGGUUUCUGGUAUAGAUAGCAUGUGACUGAUGUCUUUCUUGAUGUAGACAGGAUAUAGAAUAAUUGGUUAGAGUUUUUACUGAAAUGAGGGUAUAUUUUCAACUUCAGUAAUUAAAAGUUAUCUGGAGAUAGAACUGUACUUGCCAAAGUGGACCUGGCAAUGAUGAAGACAAAGAUGUUCAAAUUGCCCACUGUGGGUCCUUAGAAAUAUCAGCUAGUUAAUGACUCUGUCCUAUAAACAGGACUUUCUGGUCUGGUCCAUGUCCUGGGGCUAGCCAAGGGAUGGCUGCAUUUCUAGUGCUUACCUGGCCUAGUCAUCUGUGAGAUCUGUAUCAUGGUAUCAUCUUAUAGAGAGUUAGGAAUGGCUUUUUGUAGAUUGAAAGUUAAAGGGAGCCACAGCCCACCAUAUUCAGUACAGAGCAAAUAAGAAAAGAGUAGGUGAUAGGGAAAAAUGCAAGCCUAGAAUUUUCCUUCAGCAGUGUAAUGGCCAUUUUUAUAACAGGAUGGAAUUGACUCACUAGUUUUGCUACCCUUCACUUUCAGUAAGUGUUGGGUAUCAAUUUUACAAUAGCUUCUUUAUUCAUUGAGGAACCGUUUCCAGUGAAAACUCAUUACUCUGACCUUUUCUGAGUUUUAAUCAUCUAUAUAUGUACGUCUUAAUUUUCACAAAGUUAUCUGGGGAUCACCAAAAAUAAGUUGUAGUUGCUUUACUUACUGAUUUCUUAUUGGAGAUAGAAGCUAAUAACUCUGUAAUAACCCUAUACUUUUUCAGUUUAAAAAUUUUAAGAUCUGCAUACCUAAUAUUAUACAUAAUUACAGUUCCAGGUAUUCUAAGCCAAAUGUUGAUGUUUAUUUUCAUUGACAGCAGUUAUCUCUGUUAACCACUGUCCUUUCAGAGGAUGGAGAUGAGAAGGCCCAAAGUAUUACAGUUCUUUUUGACUGUCUUCAUUGUAUAGAAUAGAAAAGGGGAAGAGGUUGAUGAAGUCAGCUGGAAUGGAUUUUGUGGUGGGGAUACCAUACCCAAACACUGCUAAACCAGAUUAGUUCCAGGGAAUUGUGGGACAUCAGUCAAACUAUGGAAUGGUCACCAUGAGACAAGACAGCAUGAGAGGUGUCAAGCUGGGAAGGGGGCAGAUUGAGUGUGCAGUCUGGCAUGGCAGCCAGAUCCUAUGUCCAGAGUUGGAUAAGAACUACAUCAGCAGUAUCCCGCCGAUACUUUGGUAAGUAGAAGAGCCACCAAUGAGUCCUUAGCUCAUAAAUGUGGAAACUUAAACACAUCUCUCUCUUAUCUGAAAACUGAAUGUUAGGCCAUAGUUUCAUUUUAAAUUGACAGUCCUAAUGGUAGGAUGCCUGGGAGUUAGUGUGCUGCCAAUAGAUGAGAGUCUUGUGUCAUAGCUGUUACUAGGAAUGAUUCCCUUUUGUAUUUUUAAAAAUACUUUGUACCCAUCUUAAUCGCUAAAGUAACAAUGUUCUGAUUAGUUACAGCAGCUAAUUUUAAAAUUCAUAUUAUUUUCAUCCUGAAUUUAAGAAGAUAAGAUUUGGUCUUUAAAGUAUAGUUCGAGAUUUUGCUGAUUUAAAUGAUUGCCUAGUUAGGAUUCAUUCUAAAUAGUAGUCUCUGACCUGAAAGUGUCCCACAUUUCAGUGAGCUAUUAAAAACAUAAGCCUUUGCUUAUAAGAAAGGCCUUUCUUAGAACAGUCAUGUAAUCUUGGGGUCCAUGUGGGAUUUUUAGUAUUAUCCUAUCUUUGAUGUUGGUGACAGGGACUGAACUAUCCAGCUUGUGUCCCAAGUAUAUGCUAUCAGUUUUGAAGCUAUAAAUCUAGGACUUUGCAGAAGGUUAGAACAAUUAUCCAGAAAAUUGAGCCCAUUGAAGACUGCAUUUCUGGAAAAGCCACUUUGCUUCUACUCUCAAGGCCCCCAAUCAUUUACUCAGAUAUAAACAUUACUAGCUACAACAUGCAAAGAAAAUACCUCAUUUAAUCUAGAUGUUCUUUUGAAGUAAACUCCUUUUCUAGAAUUGGACAAAAUGUUGAAGUGAUCAAUUUGAGUAUUUGUUACAGUUCAUGCUUCUGUAACCAGAGGUGCUCAUGUACCUGUGAAAUCAGAUAAGGUAGGUUUUUAAAAAAAAAUACUUCUAAAAAAUUGAAGUCAAUGUAAAAUGCAUAUAGAAACUAAGCUUAUAAUAUAAAUCAGUGAAGCAAGCCGUAAGUUUGUUUUCUAGUGGCCUAAUGCUUUUAGACACACUUUAGUUACAUAUUAAAUACGGGAGUAUUUACUUUCACAUUUACUUUCUCCCAUUUAUCUUAUCUGUGCUGUUUUCGUGCAUUGGUGAGUUUUCUCAGCUUCUCUCUAAGAAAAGUGGAGCAGCACAGAGCACCUUAGUAAAUAGCCACUGACUUGAUCUCAGGACCGUGGAGACCUAAAAGAGGUUGGGGACAGAGCUCAUGCCCUUGGUAAGGUGGACAUCACUGCUUAGCUCCAACUAACUGUCAUCACAGAGGGAAAAUGGUAAGUCUAAAGUGUUCAUGUGAAAUCUGUCUUAGAUGUUGGCAGUUAAAAUAAUUUGCGUUCUUUGCUUAUAUUUUCCUUUCAUGGAAUUAAAAUUUUUAAAAAUUAAUUUGGCUAGCCAUUGCAUGCAUAUUUUAAAUUCUGGCUUCUAAAUACUAUGUGACCAAAUUUACUUAAGAAAAAAAUUUACUUGAUUGGGGCAGGAAACUUCCACCUUUGAGAACAUGUUAUAUAGUUGAUAUACUUUGGAACACACAAAUAAGAUUGCAGACAUAGACUAAUAAUUUAAAGUUGCAUACAGUGAUGUGACUGCAGUCUACUCAUCUGUCCAGUGGAGAAAAUGUAGGGGUCUAGGUCUAUAUUGUCACAUAACAAGCCUUUUAUAGAAUCCCACACCUGCACACGUUUUUAGUUUGCAAUUAGUGUUGUUAAUGUCAUAAGUGAAUAACUAUAUCACUAUUCUGCCUUUUUUGCUUUCUUUUUUUGUCUUUUUAAAGCAGAGGACAAAAAGUCAAACACAAUGUUGUUUAGAGAUACCCAGUUUAGUAGUUUAUGUUGGUUAAAUUACCAAGGAAGGUAAAUGUCUUAUGGAAUUUGCUGUCAUUUUAUAGGUUUAUGCUUUUCAAAACGAUUUCUGGGUAGGUACAUACUUUCAUAUGCUGUAAAGGAGAGAUUUUUAAUGUAAUGAUGUUGCCCAUGAUUCAGAUAAGCUGCACAGGUGGAGGGAUUAUUUGGCCUUGUCCAAAAAGCAAGGCUUAUAUGCAUGGUAAAUAGGAGUUCAAGACUAUAGCUCUCUUUUGUACUGCUGUGUUACUGAAAUAAAAAUUUUAAAGCAUAUAAGCAUGAUUAAGAGUAGUGUAAAAAAAAAAAA